GGGAAGUCCAUUCAUCUGUGCACUUGGGCGUUGGACUCCGCAUCUUAUUAGCGAGCGGGGAGAUUUCUCCAUUUUCCUGUUGUAUCUCGCACGGCUACCAAUCUUGGGAUAAUUUUUUUUUUGUAUCGGUUUUUUUCGCUAUCACUUAUAUAUAUAUUUUUUGUGCGUCUGAUCGAAAAAGGAAAAAAGAGAGAAGAAGCUAUUUUUGUGUGCUUUCUGCAGUCUUCGGUUAAAUUUGACAGCAAUGGGAGCCCAAUUCUCCAAGACCCCUGCCAAAGGUGAAGCAGCCACCGUUGAGAAGCCAGGAGAAGCAGGAGCAGCCUCUCCUUCCAAGGCGAAUGGCCAGGAGAACGGUCAUGUGAAGGCAAAUGGGGAUGCGUCUCCUGCAGCAGCCGAGGCUGGGAAAGAGGAAGUUCAGGCCAACGGUAGUGCCCCUGCCGAGGAGACUGUAAAGGAAGAAGCCGCAACAGCUGAGGCUGCCCCAGAAAGCGAGGCCGCUGCGUCUCCUGCUGAAGGGGAGAGUGCGGAACCGGCUUCUCCUGCUGAGGGGGAGUCAUCUGGCAAAGCAGAGGAAGGUUCAACUUCCACACCCUCCACCAGCAAUGAAACCCCCAAGAAGAAAAAGAAGCGCUUUUCAUUCAAAAAGUCUUUCAAAUUGAGUGGUUUCUCUUUCAAAAAGAACAAGAAGGAGAAUAAUGAGGCAGCAGAAGGUGAGGGCACAGCUGCCUCCACUGAAGGAGCAAAAGAGGAGGCUGCUGCAGCUUCUACAGAGGCAACAAACGAGGAGGCCAAACCAGCACAGGAAGAGGCCAAUGCAGCAAGCAGCACAGAGGAGAAGAAUGAGGAGGUUGCAGCAGCAUCUCCUGAACCCCAGGAGGCUAAAGCAGAAGAACCUACACCAGAGAAGCCCUCUGAAGAGGCAAAGCCUGCAGAGGAACCAAAACCUGAGGAAAAGCCAGCAGAAGAGGCCCCAGCCCCCAGUGCUGCUCCUGAGGCCCCUUCCACCGAACCAGAGGCACCCAAAGCUGAAGAGCCAGCAGCUCCUACACAGGAAGCUACAUCUGAAUCCAGUCCAGCAGCUGAGUCAGCAGAGUAAAGAAAUGGCAGUUUUGAGAUAAUCAAAGAACUUUUUCUCCCUUGUUUGUUUGUUGGAGUGGUGCCAGGUACUGGUUUUGGAGAACUUGUCUACAACCAGGGAUUGAUUUAACAGAUUUUUUUUUUGUUUUGUUUUUUCCCUCUUUACAGAUCCCAUCUCAAAUCAUUCUGUUACCACCAUUCCAACAGGCCAAGUGCAAAUUAAAUCAGUCGCUGGCCUUAAAACCUUUCUCGCAUCAGUAUUAAUGUUUAUUGCGUACUUUGCAUCUUUUAUUGAAAAUGUAUAUUUUUUUUCUUUUUUGUCAGUUAAAUGGUUGUGCCCAUACAUGAAGGAGAUGGGUGGGGUUAUCGAAUGAAGUGAUAGAGGGGUCACACUGGUAUUUAGGUGGUGCAUACAUUGCCAAGAGGUCGUGCCACACAGAAUGGGGCUAGGUUUUGUGGUGGGGUUUCCCUUUUUUUUUUUUUUUUAUUAAGAAUAUUUUUCUUUUGAGGGCAGCCUUCUGUAAGGUUUACAACACUAAAGGUCUUUACUGAGACAGUAAGAAAACAAAAAUAAAUUCAAUACUCAGAUCAUAGUUUUAGUAAUUCAUUUAAACCAUAGGAACUUUUCACUUAUCUCAUGUUAGCUGUAUCAGUCGGUGAUUACGUAGAAAUACGAGUUGUAUAGGCUUUAUUGUUUAUUGCUGGUUUAUGACCUUAAUAAAAUGUAAUUAUGUAUUACCAGCAGGGUGUUUUUAACUGUGACUAUUGUAUAAAAGGAAUCCUGAUAUCCAAAAGCACAUAAAGUUUGCAACUCUUUCCACCCUGCCCAUUUUUGUAAAACUGCAUUCAUAUUGGACCUUUUAAACACAAAUUUUAAACUCAACAAAGCUGUGAUAAGUGGAAUGGUUACUGUUUAUACUGUGGUAUGUUUUUUUGAUUACAGCAGACAAUGCUUUCUUUUCCAGUUGUCUAAGAAUUAAGGAAAACUCUUCAGAUGCAAUGGUUUUGUGUAGCAUCUUGUCUUUCAUGUUUUGUAAAUACUGGAGAAGCUUUGACCAAUUUGACUUAGAGAUGGAAUGUAACUUUGCUUACAAAAUUGCUAUUAAACUCUUGCUUAAGGUGUUCUAAUUUUCUGUGAGCACACUAAAAGCGAAAAAUAAAUGUGAAUAAAAUGUAUGAUACGUU